AUGGAUAUAGCGAUUGGCAGAGAACUUCUUUGGAAAUUAGAGCUUGAAGUCUCCUUCCAGAAGACACAUGCCAGAACUAGAUUCAGUUCUACAGAAGUAACUGGUAUUAUUCAUGAAGCUACUACGGUUGUCAUAAACACCAGUGUACAAAACAGUUCUUAUGCUUUGAUCUUCUCACUGCCACUGGUAUAUUCAAAUAAACAUUUCGUACCUCCACUCAUUAGAGUAUUGUACCUUUCCUAUCAGGGGCAAAGCGAGGAAAAAAUUGUUGAGGAGCCUGACUGUACUCGACUUUUACGUUUUGGUGCUGCUACUAAUACAAGAUCUCAUUGAAUUUCUUUUAAAUUUUAAAACAAGUACAAGCUUUCCAAAUUCUUCAAAAUUAUUGUGUUUGCCACAUGUUUUUCUCCCAUGCAUCAUGUUAGUCAACUUAUUCAUUACCUUAAGAAGUUGGUGUGCUUCUUAGUUGUAUUUCUUU